AUGCUGCGAUGCGAUCACAUCCGCGUGGGCGAUGCAGACUUUAACCUGUCAAAGCUCAAGGGCCCGCACUCGGUCGUCACGUCCACCUGGCACCCCCCUUCGCACGCCAACACGUCGUACACGCUGGACAUUUGCGCGCCGCUGAAGAGGAAAGGCGACGUGAAGAAGGGCGACGAGUGUCCCAACGGGACCAGAGUCUGCGCCAUCGAGCGAUACAUCCGGGACGAGGACGCGAAGCACGACGAUAUCGAGCGCGUCAUCCCCAUCGCGGGCGAGCUCAAGGACUGGGGCGGCGGAAACCUGGACGCCAAGACGGAGAGGCUCAAGGGGUCCGAUUCGCACGCCGACGCCGACAAGGAGGGCCUCCGUCUGAUUCUGCAGGGCGGGCGUUACCCUUUGCACGAUAAGAAGGCGCGUGCGCAGGAGGCCAUUAUCGAGUUCAUCUGCGACCGCGAGAAGACGGGUCUGGAGGGAGAGACGACGCCGGAGGACCUCUACGACACGACGGCGAAGCUGAGGGCGCGGGAGGAGAAGAGCGGAGACGAUAAGAAGGAAGGCGAUGACAAGAAGGAGGGCGAUGACAAGAAAGGCGACGACAAGAAGGAGGGCGAAGGCGACGACCAAGACGGCAGCGAGAAGCAGAUUCUAAAGCCCGAUGCGGCCCUCAUCUGGGAAAGCUAUGGUCCGUCUGACAAGGGAGACGUCGACGUGCUGCGCUUGACCUGGAGGACUCAGUGGGCGUGCGAGGAUGCGUUCAAGAACCCUCCCAAGGGCGGCAACGGGAACGAGGACGGCGGCGAGACUCCCGGCGCUGGCUGGGGGUUCUUCACCUGGUUUGUCUUGAUCCUGUUCCUCGGCAUCGCGGCAUACCUCAUCUUUGGCUCAUGGCUCAACUACAACCGCUACGGCGCUAGGGGAUGGGAUCUGCUCCCCCACGGCGACACGAUCCGCGACGUGCCCUAUCUGCUGAAGGACUGGGCGCGCAGCGUGCUCAACACGGUGCAGGGCAGCGGCACGCGCGGCGGCUACAGUGCGCUGUAA